CUCUUCAGGCGUGUUGUUCGCUGUAUACGAUUUGACAACUUUACCCCAACACCAUGAGCACUCCUGAUCAUCAGCAGCCCGACUUCAUGAUGCCCCCGCCCGGUAGCCAACCAUCGGGAGAGGAAUCCACCAUGGAGUUCGCCAUGAAGAUGUUUGAGAUCGUGAAGGCGGGGUUCGUGUGUAUGGCGAUGUCGGUCGGGUCCCGGGCGGGGCUGUUCGAAGUGAUGGGGCGGCUGGAAGAGCCGGCCACGUGUCAGGAGAUCGCCGAUGCCGCCGGCAUGAGAGUCAGGUACGUUCGCGAGUGGGUGGGUGCCAUGGCAACGUCUGGAGUGAUUGACGUGGUGGACAUGGAGAAGGAGACGUUCUUCCUGCCGAGACACCGCAUCCCCGUCCUGCUGUCCCAGUUCAGGCGGUCAGUCACUCCCUUCUGUCAGCUGGCCGACUGCUUCGCUCAGGCCACAGGCGAGGUGGUCAAGUGCUUCGCGAAGGACGGUCCUACUGGAGUCCCGUACUCGACGUACUCCACGUUGCAGGACGUGAUGUACCUAGUGCGCAGGUCACAUCACGAGGACACCCUAGUGGACCACUUCAUCCCCACCAUCCCAGGGCUCAAGGAGAAGCUGGAAUCCGGAAUUCAUGUCAUCGACCUUGGGUGUGGGAGGGGGGCGCCUUCCUUGAUCAUGGCUUCAAGGUUCCCCAACAGCACGUUUUACGGCAUUGACCUCGACCCCAAGGCCAUGGCAGCCGCCACCAAAGAGGCAGCAGCCGAAGACCUCUCCAACACCUUCUUCGCUGCACACGAUGCCGCCAAGCUGCCCGCUGAUUGGUCAAACAAGUUUGAAUACGUCACAGCCUUCGACGCCAUCCAUGACGUGGCAUUCCCGGAAGAGGCUCUCCAAGAGGUCCGCCGUAUCCUCAAGCCAGGUGGUCUCUUCUCAUUGGUCGAGAUCAAGGGGAAUUCUAAGAUUUCAGAAAAUGUUGGUAACCCGUUUGGUCCGGUCAUGUAUUCCACUAGCCUUCUUCACUGUGUGCCGGUGUCUAUGCACUUUAAGGGGAAGGGGUUGGGGACCAUAUGGGGGAAGCAGUCGGUUUGCACCAUGCUCCAGGAGUCUGGGUUGAGACUCCUGGGGGUCAUGGAUGUUCCGGAGGUCCCGGAAGAGUGCCACUACCUUUGCCAAAAAUGAAUGUUCCAUCGAGAAUAACAUUUGAGUUGAGCGUCCGUUGACAAAAUGAACACGGACCCCUCUGUGUGUUUGUCGUCUUCACAGCGGUCUCUGAAACUUUCAGAAAGUAUGCUGAAGAAGAGACGGAAACUUUGCCAAUGCGUGGCGAUAUUUCUGUGUUGUAUUUUCAACUCACUAUGUCUAGUUGAAUACCACUAUGCACGUUGCCUGAGGUAUAUUCUGGCUUAUGGCAAAAAGAAAUCAUUGCCAAUGUGGCCAUGUUCUCAGUGUUGUACUUUUAACUCACUGUACGUACCCGGUUAAAUGCCACUAUGCAUAUCACUGUAAGUGUUAAGUACUGGCUCAUGACAAACAAUAACUGAUGUCAACUGCUAUACAUAUGAUCUAAUAUCUAGAUCAUGCGUUAAUACCAGAACAGUGGCUUUUUUAAUCUACGACUAGGCAAUUUUCUUUGCUCAGAAAUAAUAUGAAACAAUACUGCCAUAUUUUAAAACGUUUCACUAUAGAUAUAGAGAAAUUGCGAAUGACUAUUCAACUUAUCAUCAAAAGGUACACAAUAGAUAUUUUGCAAGGUUUCUCAAGUUUCAGACGAUCGCUUUCUAGAGUACACUUUAAAGAAGAUUAAUAGAGUGUAUCAAGUCGACGCUGUUUUUUUUAGAUUAGAACUAUACAAAUUGACCCUGGUAGUAGCAUUUUACCUGUAGAAGAAGACAUAAAACUGUGUCAUAGAUAUUUCAAAUUUUUAGUCACUUGUUGAAUUUAGCGAUCUAUUGAUAUGGACUUUGUCAUUGUUUGCUAUGUACUCGACUUGUCGUUGUAAUUGCCCUUGAAUUACAUGUAUAGGAAAUGAUCUUAAAACCGUGCAGAAAUUGAAAGAAAACAGACUGAGUGCUUUUAACUGUGAUUUGACUUUCGUUAAUUGGUUGUGUGAGUUGUUUAUCAUUAUGUGAUGAGUUGCAGUGCUUUGUCUUGUAUCAUUGUAGUCAAACUACUUUUAUCAAUAAUUUACGCCAUCAUGAUACAAAAUGAUACAAUAUCAUAAAUAGAUACGUUUAGGAGGCACCAUAUGUUGACAAUCACUCUCACACUUAUUGUAACAUUCGUUGCCAUACUUUGCACCUUUGUACCAUUCAUAUUAUUGUGGACUUAAAUUGUAAUUUUUGCUAGAAUGUUGCCAUUGCAUUACAGUUGUUUGCGAUGAUGUUAGCCUACGUACAGAAACGUAAACAGUAGGUACCGUAGCAGUAUAAUAAUAACAAUAUUUGUUUUAUUAUUCACAACCACAUACCCUUCAACAUUUCAACUACCGUUUAUAAUCAAAUUCAGGACACUAAUGAAUGUACAAAAGUAACAAUCACAGUCUUCAGGUUUGUUUAUUGCAGUAUGUCGCUA